AUGGAAACAGAAAACACAGAGGACAUUGAGUCCCUCAUGGAGGACAUGGACUACAUCCCAGGCCACUUCCAUCUGGAGCUUAAUCUUAACUGUGAACCUGUUGGACCCGUGAAGCUUCGACGUCGGGACACUUAUCUGAAACAGGACAGUCUGCGAGCUGAGCUAGAGGCUGAAGUCGGAUAUCUUCAAUAUGCUGUCCGAAAUCUUCUGGGCCUGCUGGCUUUUCACCUCGAACAGUUGGACACAGCUGAGGAAAUAUUCAGGAGUAUUUGUAAAGAGGACCCUGGGAACCUCAAUGCCUGGGCCAACCUGGGCUACGUGUACGACAAGCUGGGGAGAGAGCUGGAUGCCGGAGAGUGUGUGGACAAAGUUUCUCACCUCAUGGGCCUAGAGGCUGGAGAGGCCUCCCAGGAGGAGGCCAGACUGCUGGCUGCACGCUGCCUGGCUGAACAGGCCUACAUUUAUCCAUAUGAUGUGGAGCUGGACAGCGAGGAUGACCUGAGAGAGAGAUUAACGGCGGCACUGACACUUUACAACAGAGCCCUGGAUUAUGGGGGUCAUCUGAUACCAGCAGAGGAAAAACGAAGCUGGUAUUUUAAAAUGGCAACCAUCUAUAUAAGAUUGGACGACAUAGUAAAGACCAAAGAGGAUUCUGAAUAUUCCCGACUGUCUCACUACAAUAAGGGACUCAGGCUUCUUAAAGAAACACUGGAAUCUGAGAAAAUGCAGCACAAAGCUCUAGCCUGGUGUUAUGUCGGCAUCAUGUUGGAAAGGAAGGAGGAGUUUUCCUCUGUGCCCAUGUCGAUACACGACUGUGGCUACUCGGCCUCUGAUCCUCUGUCCUGCUAUGGAACAGCCAUAGAUAUGGCCACUGAAGAUGCAUUUGUCCUGAACCUUCUGGCCAAGGUCUUCUUUCUGCUGGGCAAGCAUGAGAUGGCCACAGGGAUCUGCAACAUGGCUCUGAAUGUGCUGCCAGAUCCAGAGCUCAACUGGCAGGCUUACUGCACCCGUGCCAAGAUCAAUAUGAUCCUAUAUUUCAGGGACCUGGAGAAGGCAAAGCAUGGUGAAGGUGGACCACCUGAGCGACAGAAGCUAGCUGAGGCUAGAAAAGACUUGGACAAGGUGCUCAGUGUGCGUCCAUGUCUGCGAACUCAUCUAGAGAUGGCACAGGUGUACUACUACAUGGGUGUAGACGCACUCCAAGAGAGCCUUUUAGUGGAUGAGAGCGCAGUGAACAGUGCCUUGGUAAGACUCUCUCAUGCUCUACAGUUUGAGCUGGGUGAUAGUCUGCCAGACCUCCACGUGCUCAGAGGACGCUGCCUCCUAAUGAAAGGUGAGGAGCAGAACGCUGCAGACUGCUUCAAACAGGCCGUGGAGCUAAAGAGACCAGGGAGCAGAGAUGCUACAGCCCUGCGCUGCCUCCUACAGGCCCUCCUGUUCAUGCACAGAGGUCCUGACCCCAGCCCUGCCAUCACCCAGCUGGAGCUGUGGGUUCACAAAGCGGAGGAGAGGUACCCUCAGGAUGUAGUGAAGGCCGAGCUGAGGCGCCUUUACAGGACACACACGGAGGAGGUCACAGAGUUGUCCAGGGCUCUGAUCAGGACAGGACGCCUCGACCUUGUGAGGAAGCUACUGCAAACAGUGGUGCCUAAACAGCUGGCUAAGAAGAGACCAGUGUCUAGAUCUGUCUCAUAUACAUGAACCAAUGACGUGGCUUUAACAGAGGAACAGUGUCACAACCUGGCUCAAAGGC